UUUGUCUGGGUGCGUUGCGGGAGCCGGUCCCUUCGCGCGUGAGGCUGCGGCGUGGAAGCCCCACAGGCUCCUCGGACUUCCAUCUUCCUCGGAAACCUCAGGCGGUCCAGCCAUGGCAGCGGCCAGGCUCCUGCCACCGCCAGCAGCACCCCAGGCCAAGGUGACCUUUGAGGAUGUGGCCGUGCUCCUCUCCCAGGAGGAAUGGGACCGCCUGGGCCCUGCUCAGCGGGGCCUCUACCGACACGUGAUGAUGGAGACCUAUGGGAACGUGGUAUCGCUAGGACUUCCAGGAUCAAAGCCCAAUGUGAUCUCUCAGCUGGAGCGAGGCGAAGAGCCGUGGGUCCUGGACGGGCAAGGGGCUGAGGAGACUAGGGGCCUGGGGAGUGGCCGGUCAGACAGCUACGGGCAUGACCACACGACAGCUCGUAUGCGACAAGACCGUUCGCCCUAUCCAUGGGAGCAUGAGAACAAGGGAGAGAACCCGAAGAGGGAUUUGAGUCUGAAGCCGUUUCUUUCAGAGGAAGGAUCCUCGGUUCUGGGGGGAGCACCCUCAGGCCAGCCUGAUCACAGACCUUACAGAGCCGAGCAGAGCUGCCCUGUGAGCCCAAGCCCCGGCGGCCCGCCUGGAGCUCAGGUCCCCAGGCGGAGUGUGCCUGCCCCCCCGCAGCAGGGUGUCCCCGGCGGGGAGAGACCCUACAAGUGCACCGAGUGCGGGAAAUGCUUCGGCCGCAGUUCCCAUCUGCUGCAGCACCAGCGAACCCACACCGGGGAGAAGCCCUACGUGUGCGGCGUGUGCGGGAAGGCCUUCAGCCAGAGCUCCGUCCUCAGCAAACACCGGAGAAUCCACACGGGCGAGAAGCCCUACGAGUGCAACGAGUGCGGGAAGGCCUUCCGCGUGAGCUCGGACCUGGCGCAGCACCACAAGAUCCACACGGGCGAGAAGCCGCACGAGUGUCUGGAGUGCAGGAAGGCGUUCACGCAGCUCUCGCACCUCAUCCAGCACCAGCGCAUCCACACGGGCGAGCGGCCGUACGUGUGCCCGCUGUGCGGCAAGGCCUUCAACCACAGCACGGUGCUGCGCAGCCACCAGCGCGUGCACACGGGCGAGAAGCCGCACGAGUGCGCGCAGUGCGGCCGCGCCUUCAGCGUCAAGCGCACGCUCCUGCAGCACCAGCGCGUGCACACCGGCGAGAAGCCCUACACGUGCAGCGAGUGCGGCCGCGCCUUCAGCGACCGCUCGGUGCUCAUCCAGCACCACAACGUGCACACGGGCGAGAAGCCGUACGAGUGCGGCGAGUGCGGCAAGGCCUUCAGCCACCGCUCGACGCUCAUGAACCACGAGCGCAUCCACACGGAGGAGAAGCCGUACGGCUGCUACGCGUGCGGCAAGGCCUUCGUGCAGCACUCGCACCUGACGCAGCACCAGCGCGUGCACACGGGCGAGAAGCCGUACGUGUGCGGCGAGUGCGGGCACGCGUUCAGUGCGCGGCGCUCGCUGGUGCAGCACGAGCGCAUCCACACGGGCGAGCGGCCGUUCCGCUGCGCGCAGUGCGGCAAGGCCUUCAGCCUCAAGGCCACGCUGAUCGUGCACCUGCGGACGCACACGGGCGAGCGGCCCUACGAGUGCAGCCGCUGCGGCAAGGCCUUCAGCCAGUACUCGGUGCUCAUCCAGCACCAGCGCAUCCACACGGGCGAGCGGCCCUACGAGUGCGCCGAGUGCGGCCGCGCCUUCAACCAGCACGGCCACCUGAUCCAGCACCAGAAGGUCAUCCACACCGGGGCUAAGCCCCACCAGUGCAGCGAGUGCGGCAAGGCCUUCCGGCAGAGCGCGCAGCUCGCGGCCCACCGCAGGGUCCACGCGCGGGACAAGCCUUACGAGUGCGGCGACCGCAGGAAGGCCUUCGGCCGCAGCUCGCGGCUCCAGCAGCACCAGAAGUCCCUGCUGCUGCUGCGCCAGCGGCUGCACACGGGCGAGAAGCCGUUCGGGUGCGGGGACUGCGGCAAGGCCUUCAGCCAGAAGUCCAACCUGACGCUGCACCAGAAGACACACAGCCCGGAGAGGCCGUUCGCCUGCGGCGAGUGCGCCAAGGCCUUCUGCAGGAGCUACAUGCUGAGCGAGCACUACCGGCUGCACACAGGAGAGAAGCCCUAUGAGUGUGAGGAAUGCGGGAAAGUCUUCAGGUUGUGCUCACAGCUUAAUCAGCAUCAGAGAAUCCACACUGGAGAAAAGCCAUUCAAAUGCAUCGAGUGUGGAAAAGCCUUUCGUCUGAGCUCAAAACUUAUUCAGCAUCAAAGAAUUCAUACUGGAGAGAAGCCCUACAGGUGUGAGGAGUGUGGAAAGGCCUUCGGUCAGAGCUCCAGCCUCAUCCACCACCAGAGGGUCCACACAGGGGAGAGGCCCUAUGGCUGUCGGGAGUGUGGGAAGGCCUUUAGCCAGCAGUCCCAGCUGGUCAGACACCAGAGGACCCAUACCGGGGAGAGGCCCUACCAGUGCCAGGAGUGUGGGAAGGCCUUCAGCCAGAGCUCAACACUGGCCCAGCACCAGCGGAUCCACACCGGAGAGAAACCUUACAAAUGCAACAAGUGUGCAAAAGCCUUUGGUUGUAGCUCACGACUUAUUCGCCAUCAGAGAACUCACACUGGAGAAAAACCAUUUAAGUGUGAGGAGUGUGGGAAAGGCUUUGUCCAGGGCUCACACCUAAUUCAGCACCAGAGAAUUCACACUGGAGAGAAGCCCUAUGAGUGUAGUGACUGUGGAAAAGCCUUCAGCCAGAGCUCAAGCCUCAUUUACCAUCAGAGAAUCCAUAAGGGAGAGAAGCCCUACGAGUGCCUCGAAUGUGGAAAAGCUUUCAGUAUGAGCACACAGCUCACAAUACAUCAGAGGGUCCAUACUGGGGAGAGACCCUACAAGUGUACUGAAUGCGGGAAAGCCUUCAGUCAAAACUCAACCCUUUUCCAGCACCAGAUAAUCCAUGCAGGAGUGAAGCCCUACGGAUGCAGUGAGUGUGGGAAAGCCUUCAGCCGGAGCUCCUAUCUUAUCGAGCACCAGAGGAUCCACACCCGGGCCCAGUGGUAUCAUGAGUAUGGGAAUACCCUGGAAGCUUCUACCCACGUGAGCCGUAAAAAAGUCAAUACUGUAAAGAAACUGCAUAAAUGUAAUGAAUGUGAGAAAAUAUUCAGGUGGCGCUCACAUCUCAUUAUACAUCAGAGAAUUCACACCGGAGAGAAACCUUACAAAUGUAACGUUUGUGGCAAAGCUUUUAAUCGGAGCUCAAGGCUUACUCAGCAUCAGAAAAUUCACAUGGGGUAGACCUCUUACCUUUAUAAAUGUGUAUAAGUGUGAAUAAACCUACAGCCUUAACUUUACGUAUUUUAUAUGGGAUCAUUUAUACUAAGAAUUUAGAAUGUGGGGAGAGAGUCCAGAUUCCUCACUUAGGAAAGAAAAUGUCCAAAUUCCUAUAAAGUGGAUGUUCCUUUGCUGGAAUGUGUGACCUUAGCCCGCUCAGCAAAGCCUGUGUCCCUCGAGUCAGGGUGCACAUGUGUAGGGUUUUGAAUUCACAGAGGGAAGACCCUCGGUCCUGUGGAUGAGAAAGAUCAUGGGAAAAGGCCUGUGAGCAUCGCCACACAGCUUAGAAGUUACCCAAAGUGUCUCCCCUGAGCACUGGCCCCUCAGACUGCCUUCAGCAAUCAGGAUGUGUUCGUUUGUGCUCAUGGAAGCCCAGAGCGAGGGGCCUAGAACUCCCUUCUCUUGCCUUCUUCACCUGACUCCUUCCAAGUCAGCCCCACCAGAGCAAGCUGGGGAUACGCCAGAGGGCCCCGGGGACCAGGCUCUGCAGAGAGGAGCUCGGAUCAGCACAGGACUCCAGGAACCAAGCCCAGGUUGUGAUUGUGGGACCUAUUCUGCAACUCUGGGAUGUCAUCGUCCUUGAAAUCCAGAGUCUCUCUGCUUGCCAGCAUCACUACAGGGUGAUCGGAAGAACUGAACUGUGAGAGCUCUCCCCCCCCUCAACCCAACUCUGAGACCCCCGAGCCAGCGUCUCUAGCCAAACCCAGUGCAGACCUGGCCUCAGCAGGAAGAGCUCAUGGGAGCCCAGUGGAUGCCCUCCAGAGGCCAGGAUGUGACCCUUCCUGCUGCUUCCCAGACUUCCUCAGACUUGGUCCUGCUGUACAAACUGCCAGAACUGGGAGGGUCUGUAAGCAGACAGGUGGGCCUGUUGCCUUUUCCCAGAGGCUGGUGGAGAUGGAGACAGACUGCUGCCAGCAGCAUGAGACUGAGGACGGUAUGGAUCGUGGCCCUGCCCUAGGGUCCUGGAGUCACCAACUGUGACAGCGUUUGAGGGGACCAGAGGUUUUACUCAGACCGACUACUACCUGCUGCCGCUCACGCAGGACCUGUCGGUAUUGCUGUCACUGCCAGUUACCACUUAGACAAGACAUGGGCCAAAGAGCCCUCCUCCCUGUCCUGGUGGAGAGGCCCAUGUGUCCCACAUACAGUUUGGGAUGGUCAGGUCCAUGUGGGUUUCUGUUCUAGCACACGGACCGGGAUCUCAGCCCAAUCACCAGCCACCGCUGGUUAGCCAAGCACAAAGUCCGGUGUGCCGUCCGGCUGCAGUACUAGUUCUCGGGGUGAAGAUUGUGCCCCCAGACUGUACCUGCACCUUUGGAGGUGUCCCCUCUCCAGGUGCCAGGGCACGAUGAAACCACUGUGCCCAUUUCAGUAGCUGUAACCGCCUCUGCAGCUGUCCCUGCUCCACCCAGAACUUGGGUCCAGAAAGGUCAGUGCGAGAGGACCAGGGACUGUGGCCCCACAUGGCUUAGGAAGGCAGGUUGGCCACUGACUGUGCUGUCCCCCGACAGGAAUCCUCUCUAGGCCACUUCCUGGGAAGUGAUAGGACAAGAGGGGUGGGAGGUUACAUGAAGGCUUCCAAAUUCCAACCUGGGCACGAUGCUGUCCUCUACCAGCAGCUCCAGGCCAGCCAAAAAGGGCCAGAAGCUUCCACGUAAGUCACCCAGGCCCCUGGAUUUUCUCUUUGGAUUGACCUGGUCCUAGAUCAGGGCCUGGAACAUGGAGGCUAUUAGACUGGGUCGCUCUCAUUCCUUGGGAGCUCCACAGGCUGACCAAAACGUAGGCCAGAGUCGAUUCCUGUAAGUGCACUCAUCUGGGAGGACGGAGUUUAAGAACGGCCCGUCACAGCCAGGAGCAGUCUCCUUUGUGAGACUCUCCCCGUCUCCUGCUGGCACGACACUCACUGUUAGGUGGGCACUGCCUGGUUCCAGCCCACGUUUGUGCAAAUAAACUCUUUAACACUUUGAUGUACCUCACUUUACCUCUUUAAAGGCUUAAAAGCUAAGAAGGGUUUUUACAUUUUUAAGUGGGGGAAAAAAAAGACUAUUUUGUGACAUUUCAAAGUUCUGUUGAAAUGAGAUUUCAGUGUGACCAAAUAAAGUUUAUUGGAACAGA